AUUAAUUAGUUGGACACAUAAGUUGAGGGUAAAGACUAAAGACAUCUAUCUGUCAUUAACAAUUUCAUCUCAUACCAUAUUUGGUAAGACUCAAGAGUAACACUUUUUAAUUUCUGAAUAAAUAUAUAGCGUGACUUACUCUACUAUUCUACUCGGUAGUGUGUUUCAGUUGGUAAAUGCUCAAUUACAGCUAUACCUUUAAUGCUUAGAGGCUUCAUCCAUGCCCAUAAUACGCUGACAUGGUUAAUUAACCGGUUAACACUAAUAAUUUGAUCAUUGAUCCACAUGAUUGUAACAAUAAAUAUGCAUUUCAUCAUGUCAUCUCUCAACUAUUUACAAUUCAAAGUGUUUCUUCUUCUUGAUGAAGCUACUUAAUACACAUACACAUAUAUAAGGAACAAUAAAACAUGCUUGAUUAGAUAAACAAACCAGAUUAUUGAUAGUGGCUUUGGAUAACUUUUCUGUUCAGUAGUCAUUUUCUGUUCAAUUUGAAGCACUGAAAAUUAAAUUCACCAAAUGGGCCAUGCAACAAUCAAGAGCUUUUGCAGCAUAAAGUUUGUUCCUCUGAUCAACCAAGAUGGAAGCCAGCCAAGGUACGAAGAAAAGUAGAGGUGAUGAUCAAAUGAACAUCAACUUUCAUGAGGAGUACUUAAGAGCACUUAGGACAAAAUCAUAUGCUGAUUGCUUCAACAAAGCUCAAUUACUUGCAACACAAUCUUCCAUAAAUUAUAGCCACAAAACCUUCUUAGAAUUCCUCCUUGAACCUGAUCAAGAAACUAUCCCAUCCCUUGUUGACUCAGCAACAAUUUCAAUGACUCUAGAACUCAGAAACCUUAUGCUAAGCUACUUUGACAUUAGUGCCGAGGCAUCACACAUUUGCACCAGUCUUCUCAAAAGCAUCAACCAAAUCCACUAUAAUCAUGAAUUCAUUCAAAGAGCACUGGACAGUAAUAAGAAUAAUUGCAAAUCUUCACAGAAGUUCGAACUAAUUGUCUUUGAGCUCAACUCAUUCAUGUCCUCAAGCAACCCUUUUUCGAACCACAACUUCAAGCUCAUAAACGAUAAGUACUCGUCCGUGUUGCGCCAUUUGAGAUCAAUGAGAACAAAAAUUGGAAGGAAACAGAGGAUUUUGAAGUACUUGAAGAGGUUGUUUGGUAUUUGUGUGACAGCAACAUGUGGCAUAGUAGCAAUCAUGGCCAUGGUUAUAGCAUCACACACUCCUCUAACAUCACUAUUCAUGGGGAUAGCAAUUCUCAACACCCAAUUGAAGCAUCUUAAGAAAAAGCUUAGAAGAUGUAGUAGAAUUUCAUCAAAAAGUGAUUCCCUUGGUAAAGUUUAUGAUCAACUUGAUAUAGCAGCUAAGGGAACUUACAUAUUGACCAGAGACUUUGAUACAAUGAGUAGACUUGUGACAAGGAUUCAUGAUGAAAUUGAACAUAACAGGACAAUGGUGCAAUUCUGUUUGGAUAGGAAAGAGGACAAAUUCUCUGUGCAGAUUGUGAAGGAGCUUGAGAAAAAUGAUGUUGGGUUUAGGAAACAAGUGAAGGAACUUGAGGAACAUGUCUACUUGUGCCUUGUAACAAUAAACAAAGCAAGGGCUUUGGUCAUUAAGGAAAUGAAAAAAUAAAACAAGACUUUCAAAUGUUGAAUGAAAUGUAUAUGUAUACCAUACAUAUAUGAACCUUUUAAUUGUGUAAUUAUAUGAUUAUUAUAGAUUCAAAGUAUGGUUUUAAGGGAGGUUUUUCACUUUUUUUUU